GAGGCAUAUAACGACCAUUGCCGUUGCAAAACGGCGACCAUCCGCCGUUCUCAGUUUCCGGUACGAUUUUGUUCGUGAAAGUUUUUAGUUCGGGCCAUUUUGUGCCCGCAUUAGAUUUCUCGGCGUCCCUUUGACGCCUUUCAAUACCUGAGAGGCCGCCAGCUUGAAUCAUGUUGUCGAUGAAGAGCUGUCCUUUCGCCGUGACUCUAUUGCUCAUUGUGCUUAUCAGUUCUUGCAAAGGAGAUCAGUUUGCUGAUGAGGUGCUUGCGGCGCACAACCAUUACAGGGCUGCGCACGGUGUGCCUCCUCUCACCCUCGAUGAAGACCUAAACGCUCUAGCUCAAGAUUGGGCAGUCCAUUUAACGCAAUUAGGACACAUGGAACAUCGAGACAGUGAAUACGGCGAGAACGUAUACUACUUUUGGUCCUCAGAUCCAGAUUACCCCGUCUCAGGAAACGAUCCGGUCGACUCAUGGUACGAUGAGGUUAAGCAGUAUACCUACGGCACCGAAGGCUCCGGGACUGGGCACUUCACGCAGGUGGUUUGGAAGGACUCGCAAAGACUCGGAGUUGGAAUCGCCAAGAGUAACGGACACGUCUACGUGGUGUGCAACUACGACCCAGCCGGAAACGUGGGCGGCAUGUACGCCGAGAACGUUCUUCAACCCAACGGACCGGUCCAAGCAUUAGGCGGCGGCAAGAAAGGUCGCGGAGGUCGUCCAGGCUCCGGAGGCGGAAGCUUCAGCGGCGGCUUCCAGUCCUUCGGACCUUUCGGAUUCAAGUCCGGGUCCUUCGGGCCGGGGUCCGAGCCGUCACUCUCGCCACUCUCUUCAUUCGGGCCGGGGAUGAUGAAACUGGGGUCGUUCGGGGGAGACUCCGCCCCCACUUCGCCGUUCGGGAGAAAACCAUCUUUUGGAAGUUCUGGCUCUGGUUCACCCUUCGGAGGAAACUCUGGCUCUAGUUCACCCUUUGGAGGGAGUCCUGGGUCUCCGCAGUCUAGACCUGGCAGUCCCCGGACCAUGAGGUUCACGUCGGGUCCGAUACAGAUCUCGGGAGGCUCAGGGAUGCCCAGCCAGUUGGCUUCGCUCUUGGGCGGUCUUUCUAUGCCUGGAGGUGGGUCGAUGGGCCGUAUGCCGGGAUCACCCAUGACGAUGCCAGGGUCGCCGGGACGUGUCUCGCCGAUGCAGAUGCAGGGACAACCCCAGGUCAAGUUCCAGCGCAUGCCCAGUCUGAGGUUCAGCUCCCCACCGGGCGGUCUCGGGGGCGCCAGGAGCCUUGGGGGCUCCCCUUUCCCGGCCUUCUCUGGAUUUUAAUUCAGGACCACGUUAAUUGGACUACAUUUUGCAAUUCGGAACUAUAAAUUCUAGCCCGGUUUAAAAACGACGUAUGUGCCAUUAGUUUUUCUCGGCACAU